AUUCAGCUAUUCCUGAUCAGUCAACUGCAUGGCUGGAAUUCAGGAACUUUUUGGUGGAGCAAUUACUAGCCAACUUUGGGAUAUUAUGAUAAACCCUAAUCUUGGGAAGAUCUAGGACUAUAGAGAUCAAGUCUCCAUCCUCCACUAUUGCAGGCAAUUCUUCAAAGAGGUGACAUUUGAUCUGGAUAGUGAAAAAAGCAGACACCAAAGGUUGCAAUUUCCUUGAAAGACAUGGAUCCCAUGGUAUUAUGCCUACUGCUUUAUGACCAAUAGGAAUUCAAUGACUACUUAUUAAAUUGAGUUCUUUCAGCAGAAAAAAUGCCAGAGAAGCAGCAGGUCACGUGCCCCACAAGACCACCAGAUGGAACUCAUCAUAGAAAGGGGGAAAUGGCAACCUGGGCCUUCUGUAGGCUGUGGAGAGUCUCUGAUCCAACUCUGUUCCAAAUGACCUUGGUCGCUGCUCUGUUGGUUGCUGUUCUUGGCAAAUGUGGUCCCCCGCCCACUCUAAGCUUUGCUACUCCAAUACGUGAGUUGACCGAGACAGAAUUUGAAACUGCAACUGCUCUGAGCUAUACCUGCCGCCCUGGCUACAGUCGGACAAGUUCAAGUCCCCAUGUGGUCUGUAAAUACAAUGGUGAAUGGAGCUAUGAUACCUUCUGUAUCAAAAAACGAUGCAGUAAUCCAGGAGAUUUACCUAAUGGACGUGUGGAAAUUAAGACAGAUCUCUCUUUUGGAUCACAAAUAGAAUUCAGCUGUUCAGAAGGAUUUAUCUUAAAGGGUUCAACCACUAAUUAUUGUGACAUCCGAGGUAAAGGAGUUGGCUGGAGUGAUCCUUUCCCUGUAUGUUUAGUUGUCAAGUGUCAGUCCCCUCCAGACAUCAGUCAUGGGAAGCACAAUGGUGGAAAUGAAGACUUCUACACAUACGGCUCCUCCAUCACCUACACCUGUGACCCUAACUUCUCACUCAUAGGCAAUGCCUCCAUUUCCUGCACAGUGGAGAAUAAAACAGUAGGUGUCUGGAGCCCAAGCCCUCCUACUUGUGAAAGAAUCUUCUGUCCUAAGCCAGAUGUUCCACACGGAAUCAUCGUCUUUGGAUUUGGACCUGUCUAUUCUUAUAAAGACUCCAUAAUGUUUAACUGCCGGAGAGGUUUUAAACUCAGAGGUAGCAAUUCAAUCCGUUGUGAAGCUGAUAAAAAAUGGAAUCCUUCUCCUCCCGUCUGUGAGCCCAUAUGCUGCCCAAUACCAGAGCUGGAGAAUGGGAGAAUCCUUCGCACUAGAAAACGUCAUUAUACCCCGGAGUGUACUUAUUUCUACGAAGAUGUACUUUCAUACAUAUGUAAUGAGCAACAAGAGUUAUCAGCUACAUGCCAAUUAGAUGGCACAUGGAGUCCCAAAACACCAUCGUGUGACCAAGUUUGCAAUUUCCCACCUACCAUUGCCCAUGGACGUCAUAAACAAAAACUAAAUUUCUUCAAAUAUGAGUUUGUGUAUGAAUGUGAUGAAGGAUACCAACUGGUCGGAGAAGCGAAACUCUCCUGCAGUGAUUCUCAGUGGUCAUCUAAAGUUCCUCAGUGCAAAGCUCUCUGUCUGAAACCAGAGAUUAAAAAUGGGAAGCUGUCUGUGGAUAAAGAUCAGUAUCUUGAAAUGGAAGCUACCACUAUCCAGUGUGACUCUGGCUUUGGAGUGGUGGGUAGCCAAAGGAUCACUUGCUCAGAGAACAGAACCUGGUACCCGGCAGUACCCGAGUGUAAGUGGGAGGUCCAUGAAGGGUGCAGUCCAAUAAUCAAAGGAAGAAAACUCAUGCAGUGUCUCCAAAACCCAGCAGAUGUGAAAAUGGCUCUGGAAGUGUAUAAGUUAUCCCUUGAGAUUGAAAUACUAGAACUACAGAGAAACAAGGAAAGACAAUCUAUUCUGGAACCAUCACCAUAAUUUUUCCCAAAGGAGGGAGAAAAAUAUGCCUAAUUGACCUGCUGCCUGCAAUGCCAUAGAGAUCAUUUCAGUUUAGCAACUCUUUUGUCACUUUGGCAACAAUAUUCAUGGUAAUAAACAUCUAGAAAGGAUAGUUUACUAAAGUUUACUGCUUUGAGAUUAUGGAAUUAUUGAUCAUCUUGUGGCUCAUAAUUUUGCUUUUCUGGAUGCAAAGUAUAUAUUUUUUUCAAUUAAAAUUUUUCAUGUCAA